AUGGAGGAAGAUCUGGUUUUGGAAUACAUUACAGAAUCCAAAAAUCUGUCGUUUUUAUACGACCCGAAGUCGUACUACAAUCAGUUAUGUAGUAUGAUAAGAAAUGCCAAGGAAACUGUAGUGAUUUCGUGUUUAUAUAUAGGAACCCUGCCACUGGAGCAAGAUUUUGUCAACUGCAUAUUUGAAGCAAAGGAAAACAACCCAAAUUUAGUAGUAGAACUACUCUUGGAUAAACAAAGAUCUAUGAGAAAAGAAAAUACAGGAAAAUGUAUCCUGGAUUUAAUCAAACCACUGUUGAGUCAAAACAACGUCAGCCUACGACUGUACCACUCACCACUAUGUGACCCACUGUUGAACGGUAUAUUGAAACCACCGUACUCAGAAAUAUUGGGAACACUACAUAUGAAGAUUUAUGUAGCAGAUAGCGUUACAGUAAUCAGCGGAGCCAACUGCUCAACGCCAUAUUUCACUAACAGAAUGGAUAGAUAUAUGAUUAUUAACGACCAACUGUUCGCGAAUUUAAUGCAUACCAUAGUUAAGACAGUAGGGACAAUGGCAUAUAAAACCACAGAGAAUUUAGAGUUCGUAUGGGAUUCUGACCUAAUUAACCCACUAGAUGACUCAUUCCUGUUCAAGAAACAAAUCUAUAGACGUUUCGUGACGAUGAUCAAGAUGUGCAACGACGCUUUGGAACCCAUUUUAAUGGCAAAAGUGUUCGCAAACAUAAGUUCUGAACAGAAGAAGUCAAAGAGUUCGAAAAUUUUUAACAAGUUGGUUCAACGUAGGAAAUCUAUAACUUCAUCAGGUAGCGGAUUAAGCAGCCAGAGUGUAUCACACGAAAAUUUUGAUUUCUCCAACAGAGACAGCUUUGAUUAUUAUACACCAAGAGAUGCAAACGAGAAUGAAUCUUUGGAGGAGCCUUGUAUCAAAGAAUCACUCAGCGGCCUGUACUCAUUAACGCCAAGAUCAUACCUGACCCUGUCAAAAAAUAGUAGCAUUAAUAGUUGGAGGUAUAUGAAUGGAAGCGCAAAAAGUGGUAGAAACCUAAAUGGAGUUAAAACGAUGAGACAUAACGGGAAACAUGAAUACUGCUCAAUUUGCAAUAACUAUACAGGAACAGUACUCGAUGAUAUAGACCAUACUCCAUAUCGCAUUAUGAGACGUUACCCACCAAUGGAAGGUUUCACAAGAUUUAUGAUUUUCUUCCAACUGGGAUUCACAGACCCGCCAUUCAGACAAGACGAGGAACUGUGCAAAGACCUCAUGAUCAAGUUUCGUAAAUCAGGACAUUCAUUGGUAUUGGCAACGUCAUACCUAAAUUUUACGAAAGAAUACUCAGAUUUAGUAACAUAUAUGUUGAAUUGUAAAAGCUCAGAAAAUAUGGGAUCCUUUUACGUUUUAACCUCAUCGCCAACAGCAAACGAUUUCCACAAUUGUAGUGAUUCAAAGAAAAUCAUUCCGAAACUUUAUUGUCACUAUCAGAACCUACUUUUAGAUUAUGUGUUUAAGAGGAGUCCUAGGGAUUACAAAGAUAAGGAAGAAGAAGAAAAUGAUUCUUUUUAUUACGAGUACCAUAACCCAGGAUAUACAUUCCAUCACAAAGGAAUAUGGGCUUUCCAAGGAGAACUACCAAAAAACGCCAAAGAACUUACAUUUGAAGAGUUUAAGAAGAAUAUUAAAGGGCCAUGCGCAAUGUUAAUUGGAAGCUCAAACCUAUCUAGAAGGUCACACAACAAGGACCUGGAGAUGAAUAUACUUGUGGAAACUAACUCAGUUAGCGUGUUGGAUCCAAUCAAAUACGAAAUCUACGCCUUGUUUUCAAACGCAACUCCAGUCCAAAAAAGAAAUUUAUGUAACAAAUGGUGCAAGAAAGUUAUGAUUUAUGUGUUUCACCUGUUGCUAGUAUAUGUGUAUAAAUUUCAGGCGGAAACAGUUUCUUUAAAUUUCAAAAACAUCUGUUUUAUUUAUUUUAAUAAUACUAGUCCCGAGACUUAUCAACUGAAAGCAACAAGUAGCGAAAUAGUUGAUUUCAGUGUUAUAGAAUCACCUUCUGAUCACAUAAUUGAUGAACGAUUUUUCAAUAUAAGUGAAAACCCAAAAUAUAAUAGAAAAAAUAAAGAAAAUUUAGAUAAACUUAAAUGGGCAACCUUUGAAGCAAGAAGAUUUACAUACAAAUUGGGAAAAUUUAAUAAAAAACUAAGAAAGGUCAAGAACAGGAGGAAGCUUAUAUAUAGUAAUUUCGAUGUCGAUGAAAAUGAACUAAAGAAGAUUAAUAUCGAAUCUAGAGAUAUAAACAAGUCAAUACAGACUUUUAGAGCUCUAAGAAAAUCAUUUUUAAAUUUUAUAAGAGGUUUGAGAUUAAACAAUAAUCCAGAAGUGCCGUAUGUGCCAGUAAGUCUAAGAAGUGAUAAAAUUAGUGAUAAAUACUAUCAAUUGGCCAAUAAACCUAAUUUAAAAAGAUCUAAACGUAUUGGUGACAAUAAAGGAGUGAAAAAUAAGACUAAAAUCAAGAGAGAUAAAUCAGGUGUAGAAAAAAAACAUAAGGACAAUGAAAACUUAGAAUUCUUGAGAUUAUUAGAAGAAAUAAAAGCUAGAAGGUAA